CUCUCUACUAAAAGUUCCUCCCUCCCCUCUCUCCAUGGCAUUGCUUCCCCACUCUCGCCAUGCCUUGUUCCUUCCUCCUUCUCCUCCUCCUCCCCUUCCUCCCUUUCGCCUUUCCCCAAGCCCUUUUCCCUAACAAAUGCGGCGAGCGGUGCGGUCACCUCCCCAUCCCCUUCCCCUUUCACCUUAACUCCUCCUGCGGCCCCCCCAUCGACUCCUUCCGCCUCUUCUGCUCCACUGACUCCACCCCAUCCGCCCUCUUCCUCACUCUCGGCUCCACCGACCUCCGCGUCAUCGACUUCCUCCCCUCCGGGUCCCUCCUACUCGACUACUCCCCCAACUCCACCUCCUCAUGUGACCCCUGGUACUCCAACGUCAACCGCUCCUCCUCCGUCUUCGACCGCAGCCCCUUCUUCGCCGUCACCGCCGACAAUGUCCUCCGCCUCUACGCCUGCGAGGACUCCUCCGUCUGCAAGACCGGUUGCGACGGGAUCGGCGUCGCCGGGGGCUGCGACGGCAAGCGGAGCUACUUCGGCUGCUGCUACCCGCUUUCCGAUGGCAGUGUGUGGAAGCCGGGGGAUGGGUUCUCGGUGUUCGCCGAGUUCGGUUGCCGGGGGUUCUCGAGUUGGGUAGUGCGGUCCGUGUCCGGGGAGGAUGCUGUGGCCCAGAGGGGGAUUGAGCUCGAGUGGGCCGUGCCGAGGGGGUAUAACGGCGGGGAGGUGUGUGCGGUGGGGGCGGUUGCGGUGAAUUCGACGGCGGUGCGGGAUGGGUUGAGGUGUGCUUGCGGCGCCGGGUUCGUCGGGGAUGGGUUUGCUGAAGGAGUUGGAUGCUUUAAAUCUUGUACUGACGAUGGACAACCAAAUGAUGGCAAAGAUUGCUGUAAGGGAAAGUUUUGCAGAAAGCGAGUUGCUAUUCUAAUUGGUGUGCUUGUUUCCGCUUUCUUUCUAGCUGCCACAAUUGCAUUCUGUUUUAUCUUGAGACAGCCCAUCAAGGCAACCAUGUGGGAUCUUGACCCGUUCUGUCUCCCAAGGAUCCUUGGAAAGGCAUGCAACACACGGCAAUUUACAUAUCAAGAGCUGAAAGAAGCCACCAAGGGUUUUGAAGAAAAUCAGAAGUUUGUUUGUGUUGAUGGAACGGUCCAUACUGGAGUACUUAAUGAUGGAUCUCUUGUGGCAGUGCAAAAGGUAAAAUGCGAUACCCAACAAUGCCUCCAGGAGAUAUUGGAGAGAGUAGAGCUUCUGUCUCAAAUUUCUCACAGAAAUAUUGCCCGAGUUAUUGGAUUUUGUUUUGAUUCGAACAGCACGCUACUUCUUGUUCAUGAGUAUUUUUCAAAUGGGACGCUUGAUGAACAUUUGCAGCGAGAAAGAGGCAAUUGUCUUAGCUGGUAUUUUAGAAUUAAUAUUGCUACUGAAGUUGCAUGUGCUCUUGCAUAUUUGCAGCAUGAGAUUUCUACUCCAAUCUACCUUCAAGACCUCAAAUCCAGUGAGAUCUUUUUAGAUAUUGAUUACUCUGCUAAAAUCGCUGGUUUUAAUUUCCUGAACCCUGGACUGGGAAAUGGUUCCUGCUCAUAUGUAGCCAGUUAUGAUUCAGAUGCUGUCUUCAACUUUGGUCUCCUUUUAUUGGAACUAAUCAUGGGUUCAAAGCAUUAUGAUCUUUCAGAGCAGGUCUUGCCUAAGAUAAACGAAAAAAGGUUUCAUGAGAUUGUAGAUCCAUGCAUUGGAUUUAGUGAGCAAUCACAAAUCCAACGUGAACAAAUAGAAAGGGUUGCAGGGCUUGCUGUUCGGUGCUUAUCAAGUAAGGAAGGUGGUGGGCCUUGUAUGGUUGGAGUGAUGCAGGAACUUUUACGUAUUGUAAAAGAAAAUGUGGGCAGCAGUAGUGGGACAGAGCCUGUAUUGGAAGAGACAUUCUCCAAUUCAAGCCUACUUCAGAUGAUAUCGAUGUCUCCAGACUCUAUACAUCUCCCUUCAGGUGACAAGAUGCGGUCUGGUACCAUUUUGAGGAUAUCAUAGGAUGAAGGUACCUGUUAAAGAAAUUUUAUUUCAAGUGAAAUGUGUAUGAACUUUAUCAUCUUGAGAGUCUAAAUGACGUGCUUAAAUGAAUAGAUGCUAUAUUCCUGUAUGUAUAUUAAGUUGUAUCCUUUUAGAGACAACAAAUAGUUUUAGUUGCCAUCUUGUGGUUUGUUUGUCGUCAAGAGAUAUGGCUUUUAUCUUUUCCAGGACGGUAAAAUUAUCCAGAACUCAGAGAAGAACAUGAGACCCGAUUUUCUUUUUUA